CUCGACGACCGCUGCGGAAAGUUGACCGCCACUUCCGCAGUGUACCACCGGUGCUUUCUCUACAGCCUUGCACGGAAGCCUGAUUACGUCGGUAAUUGGGCUCGUUGGAGGCGUUAUACCGACGUCUCUGAAGUCCAUUUCUCGCUGCUGUGACGGAGAAGAGGCUCACCUUCGCCUGUUGCCAUGUUUGUGAACGACGUGAAAGUAACGCUGACGCUACCUUACUUAGGAAGUACCGUCUGUGUUCCAAGCGCUCCGAAAUUGACGCCAAGGUUCCCCGCCUUGAGUGGUUGACGGGUAUUCACGGCAAAGCUCACAGCUUCGCAGAAACCAACCUCGCCUUCAUCAAGGUGUCGCACAGAAGACAGCAAAGGUGCAGGGCCGUGGAUUCGCUUCCUUCUCGUGCCAGUGGCAAGGAAGGACGAGUGAGUGACGUGGCGUCGCGAUGACGUGGUACGACCUCUCCUCCUUCGUCGACCACCGGGAGCAUCUCCUGGAGGAAGCCUUCGGUGCGCUAGCUCCCGACGAGCUGAAUAUUCUGACUCCAGUGGAACUGCAGCACAUACCGCUGGAAGAGCUCAAGCAACUUUGCAUGGUGCAACUCCAAAGAAUGUCCCGUGCACGACUCCUGGCGGUUCUCCAAGAUCCGCUCGUGAAGUUGUGGACAUCGAACUCAAAGGACGGCGCCGGCCUGCAGCCGUCGAGCGAUCGCAGUCUUCAAGGCAUCCUGUCUCAGAGAGCGCAGAGAAACAGCAGCAUCGAACAGGAGUACCGCGACAUCUCGAGCAUGUGCACUGCGGCCCAGAUGGAGAUCCUUGAGCUGGAGCUCAGAGCACGCGCCAUCCGCUCCCUCAUGUCGGCCAAGGCGCGGGACACGGCCGCCAAGUCCACAGCGGCGCCCCCUUCCGAUUGCGGCAGCGGCUAUGGACCACAGUGACUGCGAAUAUGGGGGGCCAGGGCCACGAAGCUCUUAAUCUGGAAAACCUGGUCUAUCAUUGACCAGCGAUUCAACAACUUGGGGUUCUUUAACGUGCACCUAAAUCUGACUUUACGAGCUAUGGUUUCUUUAGCACAAUGUAUGCUUAGCUGACCUACGCGGGUUUAGAUAUCAGGGAUCUGGGUAUCUUGCAAAAAAUUCCAGAACAAAAACCGCAAUUUUGCGCCUCUAGAGCACCGUAGACAGUCGUAAGCGGUACGGGAAAUCUAGGAGUCAACGAUAUAACAAGCAAGAAUCAGUUUCAGACUGAGUAAAAUUAACGCUGUGGGCGUAAUUAGAGCCAAUGUUGUAAAAGAUUACCCGGGAAGUAUUAUAUCCCUGUAAAGGGUGCACCGCCGUAGUUAUAGACAUGCUGAGGCAGAGCCGCCGUACGGCAUACCUUAGGGAAAUGGAUCGCGUCUGCUUGGACUAAGCAGGCCGCUUGCUGCACAAUGGUGGCUGGAAUGCGCCUUGGCGGUGCCCGCAGGAAACGAUAAUGAGUCACUGAGUAGUUAAUGUUUACAAUACAAGCGUAAUUAACGCUGAUAUACUAAAACAAUUCACGCCGAAACUGUCCUGGGAGUUGUCUAGGUGUGCAUAAGCGUUGUGCCACUUGGGCAUCUCCGCGCAGCCCGGUGUCGUCAUUAAUAUUAUGAAACUUGAUCGGAUCAGCAUAAACGACAGUGCUGCUGUGACACGUACUGCUGCGGACGGCGGUGCAAGAUGAAUCGAGUACGCAAGCAAACUAUUGCAGGUGGCUGCGCGAGGAGUGCUUAUGACGUUACGACCUUUAUAAGCCGUUAUCGCUCUUUAGCGCCUUAUCCAUCCGCGUGGAACCAUUAUGAACCGUAAUCAACUGUACCCCGGCGUCGGCAGCGUAUGGCGCGGCAGCGCGGGCCGUAUCUUGAAGCGAUCUGCGAUGGGCACAGAGAGCGCUGACUGCUGAUAGCUUCGUGUGCGCUGUGUACUCGCCGCUUAGUUCGCGUUGAGGCGUAACGCGCGGGCCAGUAUUUUGAAAGCGAUCUGCGAAUAGGUCAGAGUGCGGCUUGCUGAGAGCUUCGUGAGCGCUGGGUUCUUGCCGCUCCGUUGAGUUGAGUAAGUUGUAGAAAUGCUUCAGCAUUGAAUGACCACAUUGCACUGUAUGCCUGUAAAGGGUGCACCGCCGCAAAUAUAGUUGUAUUGAGGCGAAGCCGCUUACGGCUUGCUUUUGUCAAAUGCAAUGCAUCCGCUUGGACUAGGCAAGGCUAGUACGAGACGGUGGUGCCUCAAAGGUGGCUUCGGAAGUGUCCACAUGAAGGAAGAAUUAGUAGUUGCGUAGGUGAAAUUGCUGGUAUAGGCGUACUCAGUCCCAAUGUGCUCGGAAAUUAGCCAGAUUGCACUCUAGACUGCACUAUUUCCGGGAUCAGCCAAACUGGCCUCCUGAAAAAAAAAAAGUGGAUGGGGAGGUUCAGCUGAGCAUCGACACUAAAGGCGACGAGUUCGAGGUAAUUGCGAAUCAAGUACGACAGGAAUAAAAUACGAAAUGAGUGAAUACCGACCAUGAAAAAGAAACGAAGACAUAGAAUAGAGAAAUAUAAUCAACCUUUAAUGAGACAAUCCUUUGAACCACCAUAUACGUCGACCUUGCCAUUUUUACCGUCGACACAUUGUUGAACCUUUAUUUGUUCUAAUUAUUAUACAUACUAUUCCGUUACAUCAGAACGCGGCCGCCGCAGCAGCCAGGUAUCCAACCCGCGACCUAGUGAACCAUUUGAUUUGUAGACCGAUAGGCUCAUAAGCUCACCAUAUGGUUAUCGAAAUUUGAAGGAAUCAGUGCGAGAACUAUGGGCUCUGUAAUAAUGUUUACGGCAAAGUAUGGCGGAUGAUUCGAUCAUUAGGUAGCACAAACUUUUCAGAGGAGACUAAUGAAGACUUGAACGAGCGUAAUAAUUUGUCUAACCGAGGUCACUGGAGAAUUCGUAGGCUUAGAAACGUUAGAUCAAUGAACAAACCGGUUCUUGAAUCAUGCUGCAUUCGGGCGCUUUCGUUACUGGCACAAUUAAAGGACCUCCGAGACGACACGUUAUAGGUGCAGCUCCUGGGGGCAUUGUGCGGAAAGACUUGAGUGCACAUAGUGAAAUCCUUCAUAGCGGCCGCGUGCAGACGACAGAGAAAAAAGUCAUAGUCACACGCGCCACAUAUUUCAUACCGUAAGACCGUAAGACUGGUAGUAAGCUUUGCUGCUACCUCUCAAUGCAUCUGUCGCAGCAACGCUCACGCAUCUCAGGACUUCAGUGCGCCCCUGUUACUCAGUUUUCUAUGACGUUCUGCUGUUAUCCAAGAAGUCUAUGGCUCGAUUCGUGUUGCGUUUAGAGUAAACCCCUGUAUUACAUACAACAGCUGUACCAUGAUAUAAGCGAACGUCAAAUCCUUUCUCCUAUUUCAUGAGUGCGCGUUUGCGUUGCGAGUGCCAUCGAUAUCAAUCGGCACCAACUCGUCCAAAACUUCAACGCUCGACUGCCAAGCAGUCAAAGUUCGUGCGAAGCUGCCCACUGCAGCGUCAAUCAUAAACCACUGUCUUGUGGGACGUAACACUGGGUUAUAUUUGCAACCAAUGAAUCCUCAAACAUUGCUAAUGCGUUUGCCUGCUAUGAGCGCGGUUAGAUACUCCCAGCGCGAUCAGCGCAGCGGCCUAUCUUCGCCACCCGGAUGACUAGCUCGCCAGCCACGGUGGCCCAACGGCUUUGGCGUUCUGCUGCUGAGGAAGAGGUCGAAGGCUAGAUUAAUAAUUUGAUCGUCCUCUGAGUGAAUAGACAGAACUAGAGCACCGUUCCCAUCGAUCAUCGGCUCAAAGGCAGUGAAGGCACUUUUGUGCUUUCUCAGAACGUCUGGUUUGCGCGAGCGGCUUUAACUCAAGUACUGUCCGUACACGUCUAUACGCUUUCUCUCUCCCUUCUCUCUCUUCCCCUUCUCCCUUCCCCCAGCGUACGGUAGCCAACCAGACCCUUGACCGGUUAACAUCCCUGCCUUCCUAUAUUCCUUUUCUCUCUCUCUCUCGGCGACCAAAUGUUUGCAUUUCGCCCCGUGACUCCUGUGCGAAACGAAAAAAGCUUCGUGUACUUUGACUUAGGUGCACGCUACGGAACCGCAGGUGGUCAAAAUUGACUCUGAACCCGACAAUGCGGCGUCCUUCGUAGCUCUGGAACUUCUUUCUCUCACGUGAACCUCCUUGCAUCAAUAAAUCAUGAGUGGCUCA